AUGGACGGUCAAGAUCAUUUUAUCAAAUUCAAAGCUGUGAUGUCUGCUCGUCUACAAAAAGCUUCAUUUUUCAGGGCCCUCCUCUUUAUAUUUGCGUACAUUGUGUUGAUUCUGUUCCAUCUUUUGUUUCUUCGUUCAUCAACUCCCAACUCUUUUAUGGCGAGUAUGUGUUAUGGGUUGAAUGUUGAGACAAAAACAACUGCUCCGGUUGAGCCAAUUUCAGAAUCCGCCCGGAGGAGGAGGAUGGAAAUUCACCAAUUUAAAUUUGUGCCCAACGAUGCCGCGGUGGCUUCGCCGCUAGAAAACAGCAAGAAGCGACGGAAGCUGGAGGCUGUUAUCCCGCUUUCUCCACCGCCAUCCUCAUCUAGGAUUGAGGCUGAUGCGGUUCCAGAGUGCCCUAAAUUCGGCAUGACAUCUGUUUGCGGUCGGAGAAGAGAGAUGGAGGAUGCUGUUGCAAUUCACCCAUCUUUUUGCUGCCAAAACCUAAGUUCUCCAGGUGGCCUACAUUUCUUUGGGCUCUACGAUGGCCAUGGCUGCUCCCAUGUGGCCACAAAGUGCAAAGACCGGAUGCAUACAAUAGUGAAAGAUGAGAUCGAAAGGGGGGAUGCCUCAUGGACGGAGAUGAUGGCUAGGAGUUUUUCCAAAAUGGACGGGGAAAUUACCGAAUGGGUUAGUGGCGCAGCCGGGUUCUCAGCCGCCACUUGCCGCUGCGAACUUCAAACUCCUCGGCGUGACGCCGUUGGAUCCACCGCUGUCGUGGCGGUUGUUUCACCGGACAAGAUAAUCGUGUCCAACUGCGGCGAUUCGCGGGCAGUUCUUUGCCGCAAUGGUGUCGCAAUUCCACUGUCCACCGAUCAUAAACCGGACCGACCCGAUGAGCUUGACCGGAUUCAAGAAGCCGGAGGCCGUGUUUUUUUUUGGGACGGGCCGAGAGUGCUUGGAUUCCUAGCAAUGUCUCGUGCAAUUGGCGAUAACUAUUUGAAGCCGUACGUGAUAUCAGAGCCGGAGGUGACCAUUACUGACCGGACGGCGGAAGACGAGUGUUUGAUUUUGGCCAGUGAUGGGCUAUGGGAUGUAGUGUCAAAUGAAACCGCCUGUGGGGUGGCGCGUAUGUGCCUUAAAUCAUGUAAGCAGCUCAGCGACACCGUAGGCGGGGAGAGCUCCGAUAAGGCUUGUUCGGAUGCAUCAAUUUUGUUGACCAAGUUGGCGUUGGCGCGACAAAGCGCCGAUAACAUUAGUAUUGUGGUGGUUGAUUUGAGAAGAGGCCGUUAG